AUUGAACUCGAACGUAUCUGUAUCAUCCUCGUCGCCAGUUACGCCUCCUUAUUUAAUUCGGUUUGGAAUUAUCAGCAUCACUUUGUACAUUACUUCUGAGAAUAUUCCCUCUUCAUGGCUAUCACUGCCUAAAUGCUACUGCUUUCCGUGUCAGACCGAUCUUUGCCGUAUUCUCCGUCCCGAUAAUCCCCCAGGCCUGUUGAUGCCUCUAUCAGCCACUUCUCACCCCAGCUCUGCGCAGGCGCAUCUGGAAGCAAGAGAGUCUGCAGAGACUCUUGGUCAAGAUCUAAUGCUACAGUCAAGGGAGACUGGCGGAAUUCUACCUCAAGGGACGCAGCCGAUCACACAAGAUGUUGACAAAAAGAGCCAAUCGAAGCCUUUCGCCCAUUUUGUCGCUGGCGGAAUUGGUGGAAUGACCGCCGCGACUCUUACCUCUCCUCUUGAUGUCCUGAAAACCCGGUUACAGUCCGACUUCUACCAAGCCCAGCUCAAGUCUCUUCGUGCCGCUCACCCAUUGCCACCAUCUAACUCGCUUGCUUCACUUCCACGGACCGCUAUGAUGCACUUUAGCGAAACCUUCCAGAUCUUGCGCUCGAUACACGUCCAUGAGGGUUGGCGCGCACUGUUUAAGGGCCUUGGACCCAAUCUCAUUGGUGUUGUUCCGGCGCGUGCCAUUAACUUCUACGUAUAUGGAAACGGAAAGCGGAUACUUAGCGACUACUUUCAAUACCACGAUUCCAAGGAGACGCCCGUCGGAAUCCAUCUGACGGCGGCUGCCGUAGCAGGAAUUGCCACAGGAACGGCCACCAACCCAAUCUGGCUGGUGAAGACACGCUUACAACUAGACAAGUCUAACGCCGAGAAUGGCAAAGGCCGUCAAUAUAAGAACAGCUGGGACUGUAUCAAACAGACGGUGCGCCACGAGGGCAUUCGAGGCUUGUACAAGGGACUUUCCGCAUCAUACCUCGGUGUGACCGAGUCAACUCUGCAAUGGGUGAUGUACGAACAAAUGAAGAUGUACUUAGCGCGCAGGGAAGCAGCCAAGCGUGCUGAUCCCAAUCACAUCUACAAUGUCUGGGACGAUGUGGAGUUGUGGGGUGGUCGAAUCUGCUCCGCGGGCAUGGCGAAACUGAUUGCUGCGGCCGCCACGUACCCCCACGAAGUUGUCAGAACGAGGCUGAGGCAAGCCCCCACUGUAUCUGUGGGGGAUGGCAAGGUUCAGAUGAAAUACACCGGUCUUGUGCAGUGCUUUAAGACUGUGUGGAAGGAGGAGGGUAUGCUCGGAUUGUAUGGCGGUCUCACACCGCAUUUGCUGCGUGUGGUUCCGUCAGCCGCCAUCAUGUUCGGAAUGUACGAGGUGAUUCUGCGCGUUUUCGGAACGACUUCAUAGAUUACCCAGGUUGUCCUCUCUAAUUUGGAGCGCAGACAAGAUUGUCUUUGAGCGUAAAACUUGUAUUAUAUCUAACCGCCCUUUUUUACUGGUGUUAUUAUUGACUAGAAGGGUCAACUGCAUGUAUAUGGCGCGAUUCUUGGAUAGUUGCUGCUUGGCUUGGCGUCUUCACUCUUCUCUCACAUUUGAUCUAAUACAAGGCUGAGAAACCACUUCGUUGUAACUAUAUGGCGGGUUGGACCGGGGUCGGAUCAGCUAUAGAGAAGUGUUCUCUAAAAAGAAAGCUAGAUUGAGAAGAAUAAAUAUUAUC